AAUGGCAAACCGCUAACUAUGCUUCGCCACCGAUCCAAAAGAGUCUCAUCAACGAACCGCAUCUUACCUUCCGAAAUUCCCCACCGAACGUCAAACCGAUCGGAAUGCACCUGAACACUCCGAACCACACCGAACCGUCUGAAAAACCGAAAGUAGCUCAGAGCUCUGCAAUACCCCAGCGACAGGAUGAACCGAAAAAGUCGAACCGACCGUCAACCGAACCCCAGUGCUGGAGAUGUGGUGGCAAGGGUCAUCUCCGAGCACAAUGCACCUCGAAACCGCUGCUGUUCUGCUCUCGAUGUGGAGACAAGGAGUUCCCAGCACUGUUGGACACCGGAGCCACCAGGUCCUUUAUCAGCAGUGAAGUGGCCGCCUACUGCAGGGUAGUGGGUAUACAACCGGAUUAUGUUAGGGACGUUACCACCACCGUCGCUAACGGAAGUUCAAUACCGAUUAAAGAAAUAUAUACCGCACCGGUCCGAAUUGGGUCUGAAAUUAUGGAAGCUAAAUUGUUGUUAGUUUCAGAUUUACCGAUCAAUGUAGUACUGGGAAUGGAUAUACUGAGGACACACAACUUUUCCAUUAAUCUCCAAACCGCCGAAUGUUUCCUGAAUGGAAGGUCCAUCCAAGCCCGGCUCAGCGAGCCAGAGAACCGAGGACAACUACAUGCGAUAGGACCGCUUUUGUCGAACCUGAGUGGAGAAGAGAAAGUCAGGCUGGAGGAGUUUCUACAGACCGAAUUGAAGGCAUUCGAGAAGCUCCGAGGAACAACUCCACUGAUACAACACCGAAUUAAACUCAAACCAGGCACCGAACCGAUCAAGCAACGUUACCGUCCCCAAAAUCCGAAGAUGCAGGAGAUAAUAAACAAUGAGGUCGACCGAAUGCUGGCCGAAGGCAUUAUAGAACCGUCUUCAUCCCCGUGGAGUUCACCGAUAGUAAUUGUCAAGAAAAAGGAUGGAAUUUUAGACAAGUUGAGAAAAGCCAAGUAUAUAUCCACUAUUGAUUUGAAACAGGGUUAUUGGCAGGUACCGUUAGCCCCCGAGAGUCGACCGAUCACCGCAUUUACCGUCCCUGGCCGUGGGCUGUUCCAGUUCAAAGUAAUGGCUUUUGGUCUGCAUUCCGCACCGGCAUCCUUUCAACGUCUUUUAGACCGAGUUAUUGGCCCUGAGAUGGAACCGGAUGCAUUUGCGAAAGUUUUCCACCGCCUCAGGGAGGCCAACCUGCAAUUAAAUCCGGAAAAAUUAACCGAGGACGGCAUUUGUACCGAUCCUGAUAAGAUUUCAGCCAUAAAUGAGAUGCCUGCACCGAAAUCCGUACGAGAGUUGAGAAGUUUCCUUGGUGUUGCUUCAUGGUACCGAAGAUUCAUCGAAGACUUCUCCAAAGUUGUGACUCCGUUGACCGCAUUACUCAAGAAGAAGCAAACCUGGAAAUGGGGGACCGCCCAACAGACCGCUUUUGAGACCCUGAAACAGAAAUUGACCCACUCACCGGUAUUGGCCUGUCCGGACUUUUCAAAACCGUUCGUCCUUCAAACCGAUGCAUCCGAUGCAGGACUGGGAGCUGCCCUGACACAGACCGUUGAUGGACAGGAAAAAGUAAUCGCUUAUGCUAGCAGGACCUUGUCAGGUCCAGAGAAAAAUUACUCUGUUACAGAAAAGGAAUGUCUGGCAAUAGUUUGGAGCAUUGACAAGCUGCGUCCGUAUCUAGAAGGCUACCGUUUCACCGUUAUAACCGACCACAUGAGCUUGCGAUGGCUGCAAUCUAUCAAGUCUCCCACCGGAAGAAUUGCGAGAUGGAGCAUAUUUCUACAGCAAUACGACUUCGAGAUAAAGAACCAAUACGGAUAUAGAAGAGGGUCAAGUACAUGUGAUGCUGUAAUGCGGUUUGUUGAGUACACGCUGGAUUGUUUUGAGAGGGGUUCGCUUUCACUAUCAAUAUUUUUAGACCUGAGCCGAGCUUUCGACUGCGUACCGCCGCAGGCUCUUGUUGACAAGCUUUCGAAAUACGGUUUUGACGAGGUUGGUCUCGCACUCAUUCGGUCCUAUUUCUUCAACAGAACACAGAGGGUUUUCUGCAACAAUACUUGGUCCACAGAGGGUCAAUUAAGUCUUGGGGUGCCACAGGGUUCUAUAUUAGGACCCCUACUAUUCAUAAUCUUUAUGAACGAUUUUUCUUUUUUCAUGGCGGCCUACGAACAUCUCUUAUGGGCGGAUGACUCGGGAAUAACUGUGGAGCAUAAGGAGAUGCGAGGAGCUGAGCAGCUGGCGUGUGCAGCAGAAUUAAGGGAUAAGGAGUGGUCCGCACUGAACAAGCUUGUUUGUAAUGAAGAGAAGACUGACACCAUGUUGUUCAACUUAAGAGGACUUAAAGAUCAUAAUGCCAAUGAGUCGAUAAAGUUUCUGGGAGUUCAUCUGGACUCUGGUCUCACAUGGAUUCCUCAUGGCAAUGAAACAGCGUCAAAGGUGACCAAGAAUAUCUUUCUACUACGUAACUUAGCUAACAUUGUAUCCAAGAAGGUUGUUAAGGUUGCCUAUCACAGCCUCAUCGAAUCACACCUGCGAUAUUGUGUACUCAUCUGGGGUAACUGUUCCAGUAGGGAGAAAAUUUUCAGACUGCAGAGAAGAGCGGUUAGAAUAGUGGCUGGUCUGGGAUAUAGGGAUGAUUGCUUGAGCGCUUUCAAAGAACUAAAGAUUCUCACUUUUCCAUCUAUAUACAUUCAUGAAUGCCUUGUCUAUGCAUAUAAUAAUAUCAGGGAUCUCCCCAAAUAUGGGGACACCCAUGAUUAUCACACACGAUACAGAAAUAAUAUAAAAUCCAAGUAUAUGCGACUUGAAAAAUCGAAGAAUGGUCCCAAUUUCAUCUCUCAUAAACUUUUCAGUAAGUUACCUGUGGAGGUUAAGAGGCUCAAUCCUAAAGAAUUCAACAAAAGAAUCAAUGAAAUAUUGACGACAAAUGCAUUUUGGAGUGUGCAGGAGUUCUUGUCCAGUGACCUGACAUCUUUUGAAAUAAAUUAUUGA